AAGAAGCGUGCAGCAAGGAAAUGGACAAUCUGCGGAAACACAACGUCUACAAUCUGGUGCCCCUCAGCAGCGUUCCCAAGGGAGAGAAGAUCCUCGGAACGAAAUUCGUCUUCAAGAAAAAGCUGGACGGACGCUUCAAAGCUCGCCUGGUAGUCGGAGGACAUCGUCAAGAGCCAGGACAGGACUACGGACGCAGCUACGCACCAGUAUGCCGUAUCGGGAGCAUUCGCAUGACGUGCGCCAUUGGCUGCCACAACAACUGGCCCAUCUACCAACUGGACGUUGUCGGUGCCUUCCUGAACGCCCUCUGCGACAGAGAUGUGUACGUCAGACCCGCCCCCGGUACAUCCGCCAAGAACUCCGCGACGGGAGAACCCAUGGUGUACAAACUAGAACGGAGCCUCUACGGCCUAUCGCAGUCGCCUGCGCUCUGGAACGACACCCUGGACGAAUCCCUCACGGUGUUCGGAUGGAAAAGGACUCAAUCCGACCCCUGCGUGUACGUGUAUACCAGCGGCAACAUCAUCGUGAUUCUCACGGUCUACGUAGACGACAUUCUCAUCAUAGGAGGAGACCAGCAGCUAGUGGACCAGAAGAAGAAGGAGCUCACGGAUCGAUUCGAGAUGACCGACAUGGGAGAGGUGAAGCGGGUCCUCGGGAUCGACGUGCAGCGGAACUACGAGCAAGGAACCCUGGCCAUUCACAGGAGCACUACCCAGAGAGGCGGUCUACAUCUCAAAUUUAAUGACGGAACUCAACUUCAAGACCUUCGGAUNCUUCUGGCUGGAGGACUCAUCAGCUACGGUGCUAAGGCUCAAGCUCUAACCGCGCAAAGCACGGUCGAAGCCGAGAUUCAAGCACUUGGCUACUCAGCCAGAGAGGCGGUCUACAUCUCAAAUUUAAUGACGGAACUCAACUUCAAGACCUUCGGAUCGGUUCCCAUCAACAGCGACAGCACCGGAGCGCUGACAGUGGCCGGGAAUGCCAUGCACUCUCAACGCACGAAGCACGUGGCCCUGAGGUACUUUUUCAUCCGGGAGCUAGUACUGCGGGGACAAAUCACUCUUCACCACCGGCCCAGCGAGCACCAGUUAGUUGGCUGAUAUCGCGACCAAGUACCUCCCAAAGCACCGAUUCGCCUCCAUCAUUCAGCAGAUCAAGGACUUCUCGUGUUGAUCGAAGAUCUGUGAAGCUUCCUUCCAUACCCGCCAUACCAGAAGGAAUUUAUUGUCGAUACGAUGCCAACGGAGGGGUCGAGGUAGACAAGGAUGGAUCUGGUGAUGCCGUCGACCAUUGUGAAUUAGUUGCUUGAUC